UGUGUAUUUACGAACAAAGCCGUCAGAUGCGAACAGGACGCGGCUGCGCAUGUUCCUACCGGGCUUUACGUUUUUUUCAAACCGUGUUUUACCGCUAAAAUGACAAAUUCCGGAUUGUUUUCGACGUAACAACAACUCAAAAACAAAAUGAAGUGUCAGUUCUUACAUUUAGUUCCGUGAGUGUUGAUUAUUCAGUGGUUAAACGACAGCAGAAGUAAAACAAAUGUGUGUGAUCCAUGUGUGAAUAUUGUGCUACAAAAUGUGGUCGAGAGACUUUAUACCGGAUUAUGGGAUUAAAUUGCUCUUCUUUGCUGUUUUGGUGUCGACACUAGCCGCCAGGAUCCAUGGUGUCGAAGGUUUCGUGUCGUGUUCGCCGUCGCCGUGCAAAAAUGGAGGGACCUGCUUAUCUGCAACUAGAGGGGAAUACUUCUGCAAUUGCACAUCCCGUUACGCCGGUGAAUUUUGUCAGCACCUCAACCCUUGUCACAGUGAAUCGAGUCCGCGAUGUCAGAACGGUGGAUCCUGCAGGGUGCGACCCGGUGCCGGCGGUGGUCCUCCAUCGUUCGCCUGCGACUGUCCAUUGGGGUUUAGUGCGUCACUGUGCGAGAUAAGUGUACCUGCUGCUUGUGACUCUGCACCAUGCCUCAACGGAGCUACCUGUCGGCUAACGUCGCUUGAUACGUACGAGUGUGACUGCCUUCCCGGUUAUACAGGUGCCGCAUGUUCACACGAGGACCAUUGCGCGUCGCAACCCUGCCGCAAUGGAGGGCGUUGCGUUGCGGACAAUACAACGGCUGCUGGCUACUCUUGCGCCUGUCCACCGGGUUUCACAGGCCCGCGGUGUACUGAAGAUGUAGUGGAAUGCUCGAGCGGCUCAGGGCCGUGCCACCACGGGAGGUGCUUCAACACACACGGAUCGUAUACUUGUGUGUGUGACCCGGGAUACACCGGACGGGAUUGUGACGCGGAGUACGUUCCUUGUGAGCCGUCUCCGUGCCUGCACGAUGGAAAGUGUACUCCGUUGGAUCAGCUUAGAUACGAAUGCGACUGUCCUACUGGAUACCGAGGUCAGAACUGCGAGAUCGAUAUCGACGAUUGUCCCGGGAACUUGUGCCAGAACGGCGCCACGUGUGUGGAUGCCCUGAACGGUUAUACCUGCGCGUGCCCACCAACUUUUACCGGGACAAGAUGCGAGACCGACGUCGACGAGUGCGCUUUGAGACCUCUGGUAUGCCAGAACGGCGCGACUUGCACCAACUCGGUAGGCGGCUUCUCUUGCAUCUGCGUCAAUGGUUGGACUGGACCGGAGUGUUCGGUGAACAUCGACGACUGCGCAGGCGCCGCUUGUUUCAAUGGCGCCACAUGUAUUGAUAGGGUCGGCUCUUUCUACUGCAAAUGUACUCCUGGAAAGACUGGUCUAUUGUGUCACCUAGACGACGCAUGCACCUCAAAUCCAUGUCAUGCUGAUGCUAUUUGCGAUACGAGUCCUAUCAACGGCUCUUAUACUUGCUCAUGCGCAUCAGGUUACAAAGGUCUCGACUGCUCUGAAGAUAUUAAUGAGUGCGAACAAGGUUCUCCAUGCGAACAUGAUGGUAUUUGCGUUAACACUCCUGGCUCUUUCGCUUGCAACUGCUCAGUCGGCUUCACCGGACCACGCUGCGAGACCAACGUGAACGAAUGCGAGAGCCACCCUUGCAGGAACGACGGCUCCUGUCUCGACGAUCCUGGCACCUUUCGAUGUGUCUGCAUGCCUGGCUUUACGGGUAUCCAAUGUGAAGUUGAAAUAGACGAGUGUGCCAACGACCCGUGCCUCAACGGUGGGGUUUGCCAUGACAUGAUCAACGCUUUCAGGUGCACAUGUGUCAUCGGUUUUACCGGCGCCCGAUGCCAAGUGAACAUCGACGAUUGCGCAUCGAGCCCGUGUCGGAACGGAGGAACCUGCCAUGACUCCAUCGCUGGCUACACUUGCGAGUGCCCUCCUGGUUACACUGGAAUGUCGUGCGAAACGAACAUCAACGAUUGUCUCUCGGCACCGUGCCACCGAGGCGAAUGCAUUGAUGGUGACAACAGCUUCACCUGCAACUGUCACCCCGGGUACACUGGCCGGGUUUGCCAGACUCAGAUCAACGAGUGCGAGUCCAAUCCUUGCCAGUUUGGAGGACAUUGUGAAGAUUUGAUAGAUGGCUACCAAUGUCGCUGCAAGCCGGGAACCUCGGGCCGCAACUGCGAGAUCAAUGUCAACGAAUGUUAUUCGAACCCAUGUAGGAAUGGUGCUACUUGCAUAGAUGGCAUUAACAGGUACACAUGCGAGUGUAUACCCGGUUUCACUGGCCAACACUGUGAGACUAACAUCAACGAAUGCUUACCAAACCCGUGCGCCAAUGGCGGGAAAUGCAUCGACAGGAUCAAUGGAUUCCAAUGCGAAUGUCCAAGGGGAUACUAUGAUGCUCGAUGUUUGUCUGAUGUUAAUGAAUGUGCUUCAAAUCCAUGCACAAAUGGUGGGAGCUGCGAGGAUGGUGUCAAUCAGUUUAUUUGUCACUGUUUACCUGGUUAUGGAGGACAACGUUGUGAGCGCGAUAUCGAUGAGUGCAGUUCAAAUCCAUGCCAACACGGGGGUACCUGCCAUGAUAGACUCAACGCUUACAAGUGCGACUGCAUACUAGGUUUUACCGGUGUAAACUGCGAGACUAAUAUCGACGAUUGCGCUGGCAACCCGUGCCUGCACGGCGGCUCCUGCAUCGACCUUGUCAACGGUUACCGCUGCGUCUGCGCACCGCCACACUCCGGCCGCAACUGCGAGAACACACUCGAUCCCUGCACGCCUAACCAGUGUCGACACGGCGGCCGCUGCGUGGCGGAGGCGUCGUACGCAGAGUUCACGUGCCAGUGCCCGGUGGGCUGGACGGGUGCGCUGUGCGAGCGCGACGUGGACGAAUGCCUGGUCACGGCACCGUGCCACAACGAGGCCACCUGCAUUAACACUGAGGGCUCGUACGCUUGCCUGUGCGCGCGCGGCUACGAGGGCAAGGACUGCGCUAUUAACACCGAUGACUGCGCUUCAUUCCCAUGCCAGAACGGCGCCACUUGUCUGGACAGCAUCGGCGACUACAACUGCAUGUGCGCAAGUGGGUUUGCCGGCAAGCACUGCGAAGUGGACAUUGACGAAUGCCAAUCCAGGCCAUGUAUGAACGGCGCCACUUGUAACCAGUACGUGGCCUCAUACACGUGUACGUGCCCGCUCGGUUUCUCCGGGAUCAAUUGCCAAACAAACGACGAAGACUGCACCGACUCGAGCUGCAUGAACGGCGGCACCUGCAUCGAUGGGAUCAACUCGUACAACUGCUCCUGUCCCCCUGGCUACACUGGCUCCAACUGUCAAUUCCGCAUCAACAUGUGCGACAGCUCGCCCUGUGCCAACGGCGCCACCUGUCACGAUCACGUGACAUACUACACAUGCCACUGUCCAUAUGGCUAUACUGGGAAACACUGUGAUGCUUUUGUCCAGUGGUGCGAAAAUGACCCGUGUGAGAACGGUGCAACGUGUUCCCAAAAGGGGCCACAGUACACGUGCACCUGCGCUCCUGGCUGGUCCGGAAAGCUUUGCGAUGUCGAAAUGGUGUCGUGCAACGAUGCCGCUAUUAGGAAAGGUGUCAAACUGAAACAGCUGUGCAAUAAUGGCACUUGCGAAAACAUUGGCAACUCACACCGCUGUCAUUGCCUCGACGGAUACACCGGCUCCUACUGUCAGAAAGAGAUCAACGAGUGUGACUCUGCUCCUUGCCAGCAUGGCGCCGUUUGUAAGGACCUCGUUGGCACCUACCAAUGUACCUGCGCUAAAGGCUUCCAGGGACAGAACUGCGAACUCAACGUCAACGAUUGCUUGCCGAAUCCUUGCCAGAACGGGGGCACCUGCCACGAUCUCAUUAACAGCUUCUCAUGCUCAUGUCCCUUCGGAACCCUUGGCAAAAUCUGCGAAAUAAAUGUGAACGAUUGCAAACAAGACGCGUGUCAUAAUAACGGAACGUGCAUUGAUAGAGUUGGAGGUUUUGAGUGCAAGUGCCCUCCGGGUUUCGUCGGGCCACGAUGUGAGGGCGAUAUCAACGAAUGCCUGUCAAAUCCCUGCUGGGCUCCAGGCACUCAAGAUUGUGUACAACUAGUCAACGAUUAUCAUUGCAACUGUAAAACUGGAUACAUGGGUAGACAUUGUGAUGCCAAAGUGAAUUUCUGCGCGAAUUCGCCCUGUCAAAAUGGAGGUAUUUGCACUGCGAUACAAGGAGGGCAUGAAUGUCUCUGCAAUGAAGGAUUCUAUGGUAAAAACUGCGAACAUUCGGGCUACGCUUGUGAUUCAAAUCCAUGCCAGAAUGGUGGUUAUUGUAGAACAUCGGAAAUAGGAGAUUACGUUUGUGACUGUAUGUCUGGAUUAUCUGGGGUAAAUUGCGAGAUAGAUUCCAUGAAUGAGUGUCUUAGUAAUCCAUGCAAACAUCCUGAAGCCCGUUGUAUAGACAAACCUGGGGACUACCUUUGUUACUGUCCGACCCAGUGGACUGGCAAGAACUGCGAUAUCCACGAUUCUCAUGCUAGAGGAGGCUACGGAAGUCCAAUACCAGGAAUGAAGAAUCCGAACAUGAAUCUCUCACCCGAACGGGUUCUCGAACUCGACUUGGCUUUCCAAAGAGAAAACUGUGUAAAAUUAGGUUGCAAAGAGAAGCGCGGUGAUCACCGAUGUGAUGAGGAAUGCAAUACUUACGCUUGUGAAUUCGAUGGUAACGACUGUUCAUUGGGUAUAACGAAUCCUUGGGCAAAUUGUACAGCUCCUAUCAAGUGCUGGGAGGUGUUCAUGAACGGUGAAUGCAAUGAAGUCUGUAACACACAAGCUUGUUUGUUCGAUGGCAGAGAUUGUGAGAAAUCCUUGCAAAAAUGCAACCCUAUAUACGAUGCGUACUGUCAGAAGCACUAUGCUAACGGACACUGUGACUAUGGAUGCAACAAUGCUGAGUGUAAUUGGGAUGGGUUAGAUUGUGAGAAUGAACCACCAGAAUUGGCUGAAGGAGUCAUGUCUGUCAUAUUACUAAUGGACAUGCAGACGUUCAAAGAAAAUUCUGUUGCGUUUUUGCGAGAUUUGGGCCAUCAGUUGCGAACGACAGUUCUGAUAAAGAAGGAUCAUUCUGGCAAUGAUAUGGUGUACCCGUGGCAAGGGACUAGGGACCUCGGUAUUCAGGAUACGGAAAUUGGAAAGAAACAUCAUAUAAUUUACACUGAGAGGGCUCAGCAAGGAGUACACGUAUAUUUGGAAAUUGACAACAGGAAAUGCACCACUAUGUCUGGUUCAGAGUGUUUCUUCUCUGCGCGGGAAGCAGCCGAGUUCUUAGCUGCUACAGCGUCAAAGCACUCACUUUCACCGGAUUUCCCCAUUUUUCAAGUAAAGGGAGUGACCACCCCGACCGAUGAAGUUCCGACAAAUUUCAAAUAUGUUUUUAUCGGCGUCAUAUUAGUACUCCUUGCAGGUUUGUUUAUCGGGGUAUUAGUGACCGCUCAGAGGAAACGCGCUGCAGGCGUGACUUGGUUCCCGGAAGGAUUUAUCCGUACAAAUUCUUCUUCGAGACGUCGCUCCCGACGCCGUGGGCCAGAUGGACAAGAAAUGAGGACAUUGAACAAAGGAUCGAUGGGCUGUAUUGAUCUGGAUAUCAAUGGGGGACAUAUGGGGCCACCACAUUGGUCGGAUGAAGACGACGAUGGAUCAGUUCCUCCGCGAGCGAAGAGAGCACGUGGACCUGGAGAUACCAACGGAGCUCCAGGUGGCUAUGCGUCAGACCACACCGUUAUUACGGACUAUGAAGAAGCUGGUCACGACUCCCGUGUAUGGACACAACAGCACCUAGACGCGGCAGACAUUAGAGUACCGCCGAGCAUGAUGACACCACCCGCCAUACACGAUGGUCACGUGGACGUAGAUGCCCGUGGACCCCUCGGUAUGACCCCGCUAAUGGUAGCCGCGGUCCGCGGCGGUGGUCUGGAUACCGGCUCUGAUGCUGAAGACGAGCAGACAGCACAUAUCAUAUCGGAGUUGGUUGCACAGGGCGCACAAUUGAACGCCGCUAUGGAUAAGACGGGCGAGACUAGUUUACAUCUAGCUGCAAGAUACGCCCGCGCCGAUGCAGCGAAACGUCUACUGGACGCCGGCGCAGACGCAAACUCCCAAGACAACACUGGACGGACGCCAUUGCACGCGGCAGUCGCCGCUGAUGCUAUGGGCGUCUUCCAAAUACUACUCAGGAACAGAGCAACCAAUUUGAAUGCCAGAAUGCACGAUGGGACUACACCUCUCAUAUUGGCUGCUAGGCUAGCUAUAGAGGGCAUGGUCGAGGACCUGAUCAACGCUGACGCUGAUAUCAAUGCAGCGGACAACAGCGGCAAGACAGCGCUUCAUUGGGCUGCGGCUGUCAACAAUGUCGACGCUGUUAACGUGCUUUUGAUGCACGGCGCGAACAGAGACGCGCAAGACGAUAAGGAUGAAACACCACUCUUCCUUGGAGCGAGGGAAGGUUCAUAUGGCGCCUGCCGAGCACUGCUCGAUGCGAUGGCGAAUAGAGAGAUUACAGACCAUAUGGAUCGGUUGCCAAGGGACGUGGCGCAGGAGAGGAUGCACGACGAUAUUAUGAGGCUGCUCGAUGAGCACUGUCCAAGGCCACCGCCGCAGCAUCAUCAUCUCAUGCCAUCCCCAAACCCACACCCUCAGCUGCUAAGCCAGCCUACAGUGAUCAGCGCCACAGCCGCAAAAGGAAAACCCAAAAAGCCUCGGGCAAAGGCCGGCCCCGACAGUCCGCAAGACCAAGUGUAUGACAACAACAAUCUACAACACACGCAGAUUAGACGGUACAUCAACAGGAAGCCGAGUGUAAAAAAGAACAAUAAGAAAGUGGCACAAGAGGUGCCACAGAGUGUCGAGAGUCUGGGCUCUAGUCUCAGCCCUGUUGAAUCGCCACUCCAAAAUUUACAGGACAUGCCGUCGCCAUACGACGCGACGUCGCUGUAUUCGAAUGCGAUGGCGCAGUUCGCCGGCAUUGAGCAGCUCAUGCAGCACAAACAGCCGCCCAGCUACGAGGACUGCGUUAAGACGGGUCAGACGAUGCAGCAGACGUACGGCGGCGGCGCGCUGGGCGCGUCGUUGUCGCCGCCCUACUCCAACCACUCGCCCACGCACAGCAACCACACCACCUCGCCGCACGCCUACAUAGGAUCCCCAUCCCCGGGAAAGUCGAGGCCGUCGUUGCCGACGUCGCCGGCGCACAUGGCGGCCUUACGCCAUUCGCAUCAGUCGCACCAGCAUCAGCUCGACGUUGCUGCGUAUUCUGCGCUUGCGCAUCUCAGCGCUGCGAACGGACAACAGAACCCUCAGCUGCAGGCUAUGAUGACGCACCCGGCUGUGCUUGGACAGGUCCAAGGUGGGCAGCAUCCUGCCCUCAAUAGCAUAAGUCUAUAUGGUUGGCACAUCGCAGAAUCGUUCCCCACACCGUCGCCGGAGUCGCCAGACCACUGGUCUACGCCCUCCCCCCAGACGCCGCUAACCCAAUCCCCCCACUCGGACUGGUCCGACCGCGCGGCACUAUCGCCAAACGACAUUCAACAGACCAACAAAGGGGGCACAGAAGCCAUCUAUAUAUAAAAUAGUUUGUUAUAUCGUAUGUAUGUUUUGUUAUGUUCAAAUUGACUGUGGACUAUGGCUGUACGCCAAUAAAAUUGUACAGAGAUAUUAAUGGCGAUUUGUACAGUUCGCGGCAAAUAAUUCGAACAAGACCAGACCAUAGACAAUGAAUUGCGAUGACGGGUUUGUACGCAAAAUUUGUACUCGAGUCACGUGGUAUUGAUGUGUUCAAGUUUUUUGCCGGUAUCUUUAAAAUGUAAUAUUUUAGCGGUAAACGGUUGACAUCGGAAAGUUAUGUGAUUAACUACGCAUAUCAAGGCGUAUAAGUAUUAUUGGAGAGAGAACUUUUGAUUAUUACCGAUAUGGUAGAACGAAUAAAUAGUACAGUCAGCUCAGCAUCCAAUAAACCACGACUACAAUGACACGAUUGUUUAAAUAUUACGCCAGGUCAUCCCAUAAAUGACAGGCAAGUGAAUUUUAAUAAAUUAAUAAUUUUAGUAUCAUCAAUAAAUGAAUAUUGAUAAAUAAAUAUUUCGGAUAUCCAACUCUCAAAUAUAUUAUACUAUAUUUGAUGCAGACUGUACAAGAGACAAUUAUGCAAUAAAAAAUAAACUAGUUAAAACUAGAAAAAAUAUUAUUGUAUGCAAGCAAAAUGAGAUAAAGUAUCAAGUCCUCUUUGACUUAAAAAAGAUUUUAUUAUUAGACUGUAAAAAAAAAAUAAAGAAUUGUAAUUAGUGACUAUUCCUUUCACGUUAUGAUAAAAAUAAAAAAAAAAAAAUAAGAGAACUAAAGUAACGAACUAGGACACGUAGAAAUCUCAAGGUGCUAGAGUGCCGUAGUAUAGACUGAUUUGUACAGCAAUGACUCUAGAAUUCUAGAUUAACAUAGUUUAGCGCACUAAUGAUGCACUAACUUAUAAUCUCGCCACGUGAAAAGACUUGUCGGUGUAUUUUAACUUUUCUAAAUAAAAAAAAAUCAGAAAGUUUGUUUAUGGAACAAUCAUUUUUUUUUUCAUUUAUUGUGACUUUGGCGAAAGCCAACAGCCAAAAAGUAAAAAUAUGGAACAAUCAAUAGAUUUCUUAUUUACUUUUUUUUUAUUAGAGACAGGAUUUUAUUCCUCUUUUAAAAAUGGUAGAAAAAGAAUAUUAAUUUUGUCUAUGAUUGUAGAAAAAUAGUCUUUCGAACAAUACACCGAAACUUUAAUAACUAUUGACAUUUUUAUGAUACAUAAAUUGUUGUUGUUGAAUGUUUUUUUUUUAUUUACUUGUUUAUAUGACUCAGUGUUUUGAAUCCUUAAUUUUAAUUGAAAUGUUUCGCAUAUGAGAUUGUUUUGCGUAAUAUCCGUGAAGGGAAAUUAUUUAUGUGUGAUUCUUUAGCGCCUAAUUUUUGUAAUGUAUACUGUAGAGUAUUUAGAUUUAUUUAUUCUGUGUCUAGAGCUGAUAUAGAAAAUGGGUUAAAAAGAAAAUUUUAUUGUUUUUAUUUUUUAAACUUUGAACUAAAGAAAUUGAAUACCAAGCCAUGUUUAAACGCAUGUUUAUUUAAAAAAAAAGUACACUGUAUUUUUUUACAAAACCCAUAUAUAAUAUCAGUGCUAGACACAGUAUUUUUAGAAUUAGGAUAAGCUAUUUGGAUCUGAGAUUGAUGCUAUAUGAAAUGAUAGUCAAACUAUUUCGUUCCUUCAAAUGAAUUUUAUCAUAUUGAGUUUUUGUUUUCAAAGGCACCAAUCUCGGUUUCAAUAAUUUAAACAGAAGUUUUCUUCCGAAUGUUCGAUCCAUUCCAAUGUUACUUCCAAUAAAAUUAGACGGUGGCAACUGAAAUAGAUAUUUUUAUAUCAAAAUAAGCAAUAAAUUUUACAUAUUAAGUACGUUAGUGAAGUUCUAUUUUUAAAAUUGUACAUAAAAAUAAAUGAACAGUUCCAACUCUAAUAUUUUUUUGUGUAUUUCCAAUAAACACGAUGUUUGUACUUGUAAGAUCUCAUCAUUCCAUCUAUCUAUCUAUCUAUCUAUCCUAUUUAAGAGCUGCGCUCUUGUCGGUGGAGCUCUUGCCACUCACUACGAUUUUCAGCGAGUCUCUUUACCUCUUGAUACGACACGAUACCAAUCUUUUCUAAGAUCUGCCUGCUGUAUACCUUGGUCUCCCUCUUUCCCUCAUUCCUUCUAUCUUACCUUCUAUUAUAAUGUUCAUAAGUUUGUCAUGUCGUAUCAAGUGUUCUAACAUUUUUUCCCUCCUCAUCAUUCCAUAAUCGCUUUAAAUUGAAAGUUUUCUAUUAUUAUCUAUAUAAUUAUUGGGACCACAAUAAAUGCUCAAUUUGUUUUCGGAACUCCACAACUUGUAUGAUAUUAUUUUUAGUGUUAAUUCUUAUAAGUUUAAAAAACUUCUGACGUUUCGUGUGAAACGAUAACAUUAUUGUAAAUAGUAUUUUUAUCGUUUUUUUUUUAUAUAAUAUUUAAAUUCGAACGAGAAUGAUCUUCUUAGUUGUAUUAGUUGUAGUUAUAAUUUUAUGUAUUUUUUUUUUGUGUCAUCGUAAAGUGCCAAGGAGCCAUUUUGAAAUCCACUGUUUAGUACCCUUUGUCGACAGAUUAAAAAAAUAGUGAUAAUAAUUGUGUAUUGCUAGUGGAUAGAUUAAGUAGGAUACCAUAAGCGAAACGCGUGCUUCCUUAAAUGCAUUAUUAUCUAAAUAAAAUGCCUAUAAAUAAAUAAAUAUAAAGAGGGAGGAACGUUACUAUCAGAUCAGGUACAAAAUAAUUUACUGUUUGUUUUCGAACGUCAAUUCGAAUUUUAAAUACAUUCCGAUUUCAUAAUCAUUCCAACAUGAAUAUUGAAGUGCUUUAUAAACAAAUGACACGUUUAUUUUGUGUAAGGCCAGUUUGUUCUUUUUUUUUUAAUAUAAUGGAACUUAUUAAAUUCAUUCUAAAUUUGAAAACAUGUUAAUUUAUUUAUAAACGACAAUGAAUGGUACCUACAAGAUUUAUUUUAGUUAAAAAGAAAUUGUUACAUAUUAAAAAUGUAAUUUUUUAACAGUAGUUCUGUUUUUAGUACAAUGUGUGAUUCAAAAUUUAGUAAAAAUAUAUUGAUUAUGCAUGUAAAAAAAGGGCACAAAACAAAAUGAUCUUCAGUGUAUGUGUGCCUUUCAGAUAGACUAAGAAUAGGGCCGUUUGUAAUUUAAACUAUUAUAUUUUAGUGUAGACAACAUUAGUUUUAAACGCCUGUAAAUACAUUUUAUCAUUAUUUUUAUGAAAUGCAUUUCUUUGUAAGAAUCUAAAAUUUGAGGAGAAUAAAGUUUUAAAUAUUUUCCCGGUAACUGACAAUAAAGGAAUAAAAAUAA